AUGGCACCACCAAGGCAGCGCGGAACAGCCGCUGGCGGCCUUGACGAUUCGAGAUCAGAAGCGUCUACUGGCCAGCGAGAACGACAAACUGGAGCCACCAAGGGUCGCAGGGCAGGAAAUACUGCUGCUUCUGCUGCUGCUACAGCAAGCAAAGAUGCGAGACAACCACAGCCAGCAGCAGUUGUGGGUGAUCCUGAACAGGGCACAGCGGAAAAUCCAGGUAUAAACUGGUCUAGCAUGCCCCUCUCCGUCCUCCAUCAAUAUCGGUACGUCCACAAGCUCCAAUGCCCCAGCGCAUUCUCCUCACGCAUCAACCCCAUCCUCCUCUCACGAGGCAUUGGCUACCGUUCCCCCACCGCCAUCGCAAUGCGCAACGCUCAGAAGGUCGCGAAAAAAAACGGCGACAAGGGCAAAAACUCUCAACCUUCUUCCUCCAAAAACCCGAAAGACUUUAAAUCCACGACAGGCGAGGGCCUUCAACGCAGUCGUAUAGGUACCGCUUACGGGCGAGUGUCCAAGGAACAUCUAGCGUCGGCGGUGAGGAAACACUUCAAUAACACCGCGAUAUCGGAGCAGGACGCCAUCGCCAAGUUUGUCUACAAGGUUUCUGAAGAGAGGAAAGGCAGAGAAUUUCGGUAUAGGUUUCAACCGUCAUAG